AUGUACCCUCCCCAUAAGGAUGCCUCGCAAAGGCAUUUCUACCGCGAUCCUGGCAGCAUAUUUUUUGACGAGACUCGUGCCUAUGUUCGAUGGUACAGCGCUUUCAGAGAGCACCAGGCUACGGCUUACAUCACCGAAGUCGAGGCGCAGGGCGCACUUCUGGGAGAAAGCGCGGACGAUAUGGGUUUCGCUAAGGCAAGGUAUAAUGCAAGCAUGUGCGCCACAUUCUUGACGGUUAGACGGGAUGUACAGAAACAGUAUCUUGAGACCUCCCUUGGCAGCAUUUUUGCUGGCCUAACCUACGCUGAAAGACGCGAUGUCAACAUCCAAAUCUUCUUUGCCAACACCGACCCCGCCCAACACUCCACCUACAACAAGCCUUGGCUCCGUCACCUCGUCGACCGCGUCUACUCCUAUACCGAUAUGCUACCCGUGGAAGAACUCCCCUCUACCCGUGCUCUCGAGACCGCCGGCAAGAACAUCCUCUCUAAGGCCCCACUGGACUACACCCACGCCCUCCAGCAGUGUUACGAUACUACCACCUCCCCCUACAUCGCCCUCUUCGAAGACGACAUAAUCGCCGCAGAUGGCUGGUUCGCACACUCGCUGUGGGCAGCGCGAGAGACAACACGGCAGACUGUGCAGGAAGGGAAGCCUGGUAAAUGGGUGUAUAUUCGGACAUUCAACCAAGAGCGCUCAACCGGAUGGUCCUCCAAACGCAUCGGCGGGCACCACGAGCUCCCCAUCUCCCUCGCCAUCGGAGUUACACUUGACCUCAUCCUUUGGAUACUGCGCUCGAGAACCCGCCUCCACGUGGACCGAUCGAGCGCAUUCGUCAUCUCCUUCAUCGCCAUCCCCGCCUUCGUAGUCCUCUUCUUCCAGUCCGGCAAAGCAUCCCUUUUACCUCCCGCGCCCGGCGUGCGCCCGGAGUCUUUCGGAUGCUGCAAUCAAGCACUUGUGUUCAAUCGUGAGCACAUCCCGGGGCUGGUGGAGCAUAUGCGGCAGUGGGCAGAGAAGGGGAUGCAUGAUAUGCUGAUCCGGGACUGGGCGUGGGCGCAGGGGUUACAGCGGUACUCGGCGUAUCCGAUGCUGGCGCAGCAUGUCGGAGCGAGGUCCUCGAUUCAGAGGAGCGCGGGGGAGAGUCGGAAGGUGUGGAGUAUGGCGUUUGAGGGGUUGGAUCCGCGGAGGUUGGCGAGGGAACAUGCGGAGGUGGUGAGGGGGUUGUAUGGGUAGACACAAGGGAUGGUAUGU